AGCGCGAGGCAUAACAUGGCUAGGAGUAUAGGCAAGAACGAAGUUCAAUGAAUCUCAAUAAAUGAUGUGUUAGUAAGAAAGAUGGAAUUGCUCGCAGUCCUUGCGCGCAGAAAGAAUCGACGGCGAUUUUCACGACGCUGAAAACAGCGACGCCGCCCAUUCGAUAGGCUUGCAUUGCAUUCACCCGACGAGUGCUGGAUUGACGAGAGCAUAACUGUCAGCCCCAGCGUAGCGCAUCCUUCGCGACGCCGAUUCGAUCCUACGACGCUUGUCUACCAUACUCGAGAAGACAACAAGAUGCCGCAAGUCGACGGAGUAGAUGAGCGGACGAAGCUCAUGCUUCAAAAUGGCGAUUACUACAUCAACAAAAGCUCAGUCUUCACCGUCGGAUCUCGGAUUAGGCUCAACUUCAUUCCCAUCGUACUCAAUGCGGUGCUGCCAUGGAUCCUGUUUGUCGUGUUGCUUACUUUAUGGCAAGAAACAAGCUAAGGUAGAGGACAAGGAUUUGAAUCUUCAUCUAGUCAAUACGUCUUGUAAGUAUCCUAGGGAAGUAAGACUGAUAGUACAACUAGAUGCGUGUGGCUGAGCUUUUUUAUUUUUUAUUUAACACAUCCCAGCACCCCAAUGAAUUGAGGACUACGCCUCCUUCCGUGACAUCUUUCAUUCUCCAUCUCCGUUUUCCGCUUCCGACACGACUACGAGAGAUGGUGCAACACGAUUUGGCUGAUCGUUUGUGGAACUUUGCUUCUUGUGUAUGCCUACCUGUUUUGCAGAGAGCUACACACAGUGGACGCGAGAUGGACAAGAGCUACCUGUCUGUACCUCUUCGUUAUGGUCAAUCUGUGUGCGACAGCGUCGUAUCUCGUCUAUACCCAGUUUUUCCAAGUCUACUACGACGUGACCGAUUUGAAGACCUAUCCGACAAUGGACGUGUCCACGACGAAUGGUAUUGACAGGCUUGUUGCUGUGUGUGUCUACGACAAAUGGUAUAGAAGAUAGGUGUUAUGAUCAGGUGUGGGGAUUGUAACUACCUGUAAAACUUUCAACUUUUGACUUUCCUUGCUAUACUUCUGGACACAUACAAACUUCUCGAUGUUCUUCGUAUUAAACCUAAAGAUCAUAACAAUUGCAAUCCAUAGAAUCAUCGAGAACAGGUAAAGACGUAAUGGAUGCAGGCAUUGUGUACUUUGGGCAAGGCACAGAGAUAGACUUUUCGCGGUCAUGGCAUUUCAAACAUCGGACAGUGUAUUGCGUCGCGCCACUUUUAUGGAGAAACUAAGUAACUACUUAGUCAAUUGUUCUUGUAGCGAAUGGGAGCAUGGAAUAAUAUCCACUACUUAUUCCUUCUUUCCCUGUUUCUCAGUCACUUCUUCUGGUUCGAGAACAUCGCUCGCUCUUCUUCUUCUUCUCCUUCUAACGCUCGUGAAAAAAAUAAACGGCAUUCCGCAGCUAGAGACGGGGUCUCUUGACUUUUGGGUGGUUGGGCAAGAUUGCUGUAGUACGUCGAGCAGUGACUUUAGGUGUCCUGGAUACGACAAUGCAAGAGCGCGUGCUGGAAUCAGGAUACUGAGGGGAGACCCACUCUCUUUUUAUCGAUUAGCGGUGCAACAAGCGGAGACACAGUACAACUAGUUAAAGUUGGGCCGUUGAAUCAUUCUUCACUAACCGCUAUCUACCUCCCAGAUAGAAAUACCUGAUGGAGCUUCAUACGUGCUCGGAAACGAAAACAACUUUGCUUCUUUUUCUUAGUUUAUCUACCUCCCUAGGAGGAAAAUCUUCUGCCCUAAAAACAAACCAGGUACGGUUUCAUUUCUACGUAUCCGAUAUUUGUGGAGUGGGUUGAGGACCCAGUUUUCCAACUCGAAAACGUGAAAUCCAAAGGCCUCGCAGCUUAUUUUACGCUACUCUUCGGCAGUCUGCUGUUUCAAAUGAUUAUGGUGUGCAUGUGCACUCUGCGGUUCAGCUUGAUUGGCAGGCGGAAAGUGUAAGGCGGCGGGCAUAUCUGCUGUCCUGAUGUGACAUGGAUGCUGUCCUCACUCUACUUGUUUGGUUUCACAUUCAUUUUGUAAUCGUAAGUAUCAAGUUUUUUUUUCCCAUGUGCUGUCUUAGUGUAGGGAAGUGCGUUGUCUAC